AUGACAGUCUCUUAUACUCAAUUCUUAACAAAGGAAACUUUCGAAAGCUACGAAAAUUCCGAAAAAUAUGCUAAAUUUGUCCCAAAGCUUAAAGCAUAUAGGCAAAAAUUGGAAGAUGCAAUCCUUCCUGAAUAUAGUAUCGAAUUACCUGAUACAAUUGAAAGUUUGAAGAACAAGCAGUUUAAUUCGGUGAAGUACUUGUACGAACAUAAAUUGCUCAGUGAAACGGAAUUCAAUAUCACCGAUACUCCAGCUUCUGAAUUGGUCCCUAAAUUGGCUAAAGGUCGCCCAUUUUCAAUCACCGAAAAUCGUCAAUUGAAUAUAAUUAGAGAUACUUUGAAGCAAGAAUAUACUGAUUUUUUGAAUGAAAAUAAAAUCGAUUUCAUCCUUAGUCCUACUUAUAAUAAUGUUGCGCCUAGACCAGAAGAGAUUUAUAACUGGUCUUACACUUCUCUUUUCAAUAUAUUGGAUUUGCCAACUUUAGUUUUCCAAACUGGAUUGUUUCAAGAUCCUAAAGUCGAUAAGUGGGAUGAUAGUCAUAGCACCUAUGAGUUUAGAAGCGACUUAGAGAAACUAGAAUUGGAUAAUUAUAUUCCAGAAAACUUCAUUGGCGCCCCUAUUGGUUUACAAUUGUCCGGUAGAAGAUACUUUGACGAAGAAGUUGUGGCUGCUGGUAAGAGCAUAAUCGAACUUUUGAAAGUAGAUUUACACAACAUCUACUAGUUGUCGGCUUAACUCCCUAAUUGAGUGUGUAAUCAAUGCAGAC